UUUCAUUUAUGGAAGGAACAGCUGGUGCCAUUGAACUACAAGAGCCAUUAGGGAGCAAUGAAAAUAAGCGAACACUCCCAGUUUGAGGGGUCGUAUGAUGGCCUUUGUGAUGAUGUCAUAAGAACCAAGGGAUCAAAGUGCCGAUUCCGUCACUGUGAAAAAGCCAUUGGCAGUGACACCGUGUGCUCAUUAUGGAGAGAGGGGAGAUGUUCCCAUCAACUUUGCAAAUUUAGACAUAUGGAAAUACAGCAAAAGUACAACAGCAUCUCGUGUUUCUGGGAAACACAGCCUUUAGGCUGUGUGAGGAUCAGUUGUGUCUUCCAUCACCGGAAACCUCGUAACAUAAAUGGACUUUUUUUGCCACCUAGUAGUGAUUCUACAUUGCAAAGGGAAGUUCAGGAAAGGAUUUUACAUCCUGCCCAAAAUCAAGAUUCCACAAAAGGUCAAGAAAACACAUUAAGACCCAUUCAUCCUCCACUGAUUAUUACCAUCAACCUUGAGGAUGAAGAAGAGGAAGAACAGGAGGAGAAAUAUGCAUCUUAUUUAUUGUCUAAGACACCAGAAGACAUAGAAGAAGAAAAGGCAAUAAAGGAGAUGUGUUAUAAAUCUGGAGAAUACUACAGAAUUCAGACAUCUCAGGAAAACCACUCAACAAAAAACAUACCUUUGGUGCUGGAGAACAUGCUCUUGAAAACCAUGGAAUCUCGCAGAGAUUUACAAGAAGGUGAUGGUGUUGCAGUUCCAUCCAAAUUUAAUAUCAUAGAAAGGCAAACAGAGAUAACGGCAUCAUUGGACAGUAGCUCUAGAUCUGAACUUAGUGCCUUUGAAAAUGGAGGAGGUGAUUGUUAUUUGCCACAAAGAAGUAUAUUUGUUGCAGGGAUACAAAGCAAAGCAUUCAGUGGAGAAAAAGAAUUUACCAUGCUGAAGUGUUCAAACGUUAAAGCUGCAAGCCACGCUGAAAAUAUAAAGAAGCAUCAUUUUAAAGGAGUGAAGAAAAAGAAAUGGAUAUCAGAGGAACCCAAAAACCUUCCUAUCCCAUUGACAGCAAAAGCAGUUCAUACUUCAAACCCUAAAGGUAAAGGGAAUUACCAACAAAAUGAUCAAAGCAAGAAUGCUGAGAAUACUUCUUAUGUUCCUUCUCAGAGAGCCAACGGGAGAAGCAUUUCCUUGAGUUCUCCAGUGGCUGGAAGGUCACCAAAUCUGACCUUUGGUAAAGUUGGGGCAACCAAAGAAUCCAAGAUGAAUUUACCUACAGAGAGGUGCAGUUCAGCAUAUAAUAUACCAGCUUGGAGAAAAAGAAGCCUGCAUACUAAAGUAUAUACCAAAGCGGACAAAAUGCAUUCAGAGCCCAGAAGAAAUGGAAGCAGAUAAAAUGGAAGCAGAUUUGAAGGAGAGGAGAGGGUGAAAAAAGAAGUGAAAUUCUGCUAUUCCUACCAUCAAAAGAGGGGAAAAAAAGAAA